UUUAACGAAACAAUAUUUAUAAAGUUCAUAAAUAUAGUCUGUCUGACUCUGAUUAGAUUAGAUCUAGAUUAUUUCUAGAUGUACAAUCUAGAUCUAGAUCUCUAUAUAGAAGUAGAUUAGAUCUAAAUACAUCUAGACUUUAAUCUAGACACUAGGUUUAAUGUCUACAAACAAAUUUAGGACUCCAGUGAUUGGCUUACAUGACAAUUAUAAUUAUGAUGAUGUAUAUGAACCCGCUGAAGACUCAUUUUUACUACUUGACGUUUUGGAGCAAGAGUUUAAUUUCCUUAGCCAGCUAAAGCCAAAUAUUUGCCUUGAAGUUGGCUGUGGAUCAGGCAUUUGUAUCACAUUUUUGUCUCAGAUUCUUGAAAAGCAGGCUUUAUUUUUGUGUACUGACAUUAAUCCAGCUGCUAUACAGUUAACUCUGCAAACUGCUGAGAGAAAUUGGCAGAGAGUGGAACCUGUUUUGUGUGACUUGACAGGAGCUUUUGAAGACAGACUGAAAGGAAAAGUUGAUGUUCUAAUAUUUAAUCCACCAUAUGUUGUGACCAGUUCAGGAGAGGUUGCUAAUGGUGGAAUAGCUGCUUCCUGGGCAGGUGGAAUUAAAGGUAGAGAAGUGAUUGAUAGAUUUUUACCAAAAGUCAGUUUGCUUCUUUCAUCUACUGGUGUUUUUUAUAUGGUGAUAAUAAAAGAAAAUGAUCAAGAUGACAUUGAGCAAGUCAUGCUAAGUCAAGGCCUAAAAAUGACAGUUGCUGGGUCAAGACGAGCUGGAUGUGAACUAUUGUUUAUUUUGAAAUUUACCAGGCUUCCAGAAAGGUAACUGCAGUUAAAAGACAAAACAGCAUGGCAACAUAGAUGCAACUAUUAGAAGGCAGUCCAAAAGACAUUUUUUAAAAUUUAAUCUUUUGAUGUGAAAUUCUAGAGAGGAGUACAAAUAAUACUUGAAGACUAGCUGGUGAAAAAAAAUGUCUAGUAUGAUACAUAAUUUUCUUUUUAUUUAAAGUAAUCCCAAAUUAUUUUUUUUUAAAUACCUGAAUGAAAGAAUCCUUUUUUUUUCUCUUUGUUUUAUUGACUAAUUGUCUUACAUUAUUUAGCAUAGUUUUCUUUAAAGCUAGAUAUUAGUAGAAAAUUCCUUUUCGUCCAUGUUUUACAGUUAGCUAAGAUAUCAAAUUGGCCAUUGCAACUAUAUUCUCCAGCAAAUGUUAUUUGCUUAUUUUAUUCAAACCUGAUCCUCCAUGCAGAUUUGGACUCCAUGUAUAACUUAACUAUAUGUUAACUAUAUGUUAUAUUUAAAAAAAAUUAAAACAGAUAAGAGUAUCAGUAGAUUUUAUAAUGCACUUGCAUCAUUUGGAAGCUAAUAUUUCUUAAAUACUUGGCCAACAUAUUUAUUAGAUAUUGCAUGUACUGUACCACUAAAUACAAAGUUUUGUCACUAAAAAGAAAGAGAAGGCAGCACUAAUCCAUUGUUCAUGUAAAAAAUAAAAAAAUGACAGAAUCAGCAGCCAUCACAGCUGUAAAGUUAUAAUUGUUUAAAAUGAUGAUGUGAAAUAUCUUCACUGACACAUGUAUUAAAUUUGUUUUAUGAAGUUUGUCUUUAUAUGAUACAAACAAUAAAGAUCUCUAUUUGUUUA